AUGCAGGUGAGUUCGAAUGUUAAUGAAGGUUCCACUACUGCAGCAACCGAGUAUGCAGAAAAUGAGCCUUUUUUAAACAACGAGAAUACACAUCCACCGCCAGUAGUGCAAGAUCAAGAAGAAGAAGAAGAUGAAGUUGACGAGUUUAGUUUUGUAUGCAUAAAUCCUGCAGGCUCGCUGAUAUCCGCUGAAGAUAUAUUCCAAAACGGGCAGAUCAAGCCCAUUUUCCCUUUAUUCAACCGAGAUGAUAAUCUUCUGUUUGUUGAUGAUGAUACAAUCAAAGCAGCAGCAGGAGCAGGAGGGGGAGGAGGUCGGUUAAUGUUCGUAGAAGAUCGCAACGAAGCGGAGGGACCGACCUGCUUGUGGACAGGGGGUAGUAAACCCUUGUCAGAUCAACAGAUGUGCAAGAAGAGCAACUCCACAGGGUUCUCAAAGCUAAGGAGGCUUCGAGAAUUUGUUCUUCGAAGUAAUAGUGAUGGAAAGGAUGCCUUCGUCUUUCUCAAUCAUAAAGAGUGUACUUCUUCUUCUAAUCCUCCUUCAACAGCAGCAGCAGCAGCGACUACUUCCGAAAAGAUUGCUAAUGAGAAGAAGAUGAAGAAGAAGGAUGUGGUGGUGGUGAAGAGAAAAGAGCAAAGUAGUAAAAGGGUGUCGUCGUCAUCCUCAGCUCACGAACAGCAUUAUCUAAGGAAUAGAGCAAUCAAGGAUGGGGAUAAACAAAAAUCAUAUUUGCCAUAUAGGCAGGAUAUCUUUGGUUUUUUCACUAGCGUCAACGAUCUCAGCAGGAACAUUCAUCCCUUUUAG